GACCGUCGCUCUUUCGUCAGGCGCCUGGACACAAGACCGCCACGUCAAGGUCAUACGGUGCUCAGCCAUUCGUUUGGUCUUAGCCAUCGCGACUCUCAAACACCCCCUUUCCGCACCACCCUUCGAGACAGCCUCUCCUUCGCCCCCUUAGCUGAGUUUUGAUAGAGGAUCCAUCCCUGUUUGAAGGUGUGUAGCCCAAUUGCUACCCGCAUACCGGUCCUGUCUGUGCUUGUUCAAGCUGUAUCACCCUUGCGUGUUCAUGUUGUGGUCUUGAAUCCAUCGCUCUUCGUCCUCCUACCACAACAUUUUCAUCCCACACCAGCUUCUUUUAUCGACGAUCUCGCCAUGUGUCCCAAACUCUGUCCUAUACUGUUUAUGCUUGGACCCGUCUCGUCGCUAACAUGGCCCUGCCCUUAAGGGAUUAUCCUCGUCGGCUAAGGCGUCAAACCUUCAUCAUGGCCACCAACAAUUCAACCUCGACGCCAGACCCUACAACCUCUCGUCCUCCAACCUCUUUGCCGACCUCUGAUCCGCCUAUCACCUCGUCCCCGCCACCAACAACAAGUCUCCCGCCAACUUCCGAACCUCCGACCCCAACAACCUCAAAGGAGCCCCCUCCAUCCACGGAGCGGCCUCCUACUACUUUUACUAGCUCAUCAAUUAGCACGGAACCCGGAGGAGGACGGACGAGUACAGUUGUCACCACGAUUACUUCAUCCUCUCCCACCCCGACAGAUGCUCCAACUUCGGCAUCGGCAUCAUCCUCCCCCACCCCGACGGGCGGUGCCAUCAGCCCGAGCAAGGGCGGUGGAGGUGGACUCAACGGUUCUGGCAAGAUAGCGGUUGCUGUGGUAGUCCCUAUUGCCGCAGUUGCGCUUCUCGUCUUGGCUGCUAUCUAUCUGUGGCGCAAGCGGAAGCAACGGAAAGAGGCCGAGGAGCAGCGGCGCAAGGAGGUGGAAGACUAUGGCUACAACCCCAACGCCGACCCGGCCAUUCCCGACGUGGCUGCCGCGGGCGGGCCGUUUGAAAUGAAGGAGGACGGUUCGUCGGGCUAUCGCGGUUGGGGCAGCACCACCCUUGCAGGCUCGACAGGCAGGAAAGCGUCGACGACAAUGUCGGGCGGUGCGGCCGGAGCGGCUUACUCUGACGCCACCUCGCCCACUCGCGGCAACAUCUCGGAUACCCGCUCAGGAGAGCCGCUGAUGCACGAUGGGUCCCAGUCGCCCGAGGGUGAAAUCCUGGGAGCCAUGGGCCCGUCGGCGGCCGGGAACCGCGGCGACGUCCACCGGGGUCCUUCGAACGCGUCUUCCUCGUACAGCGCUGCUGGGCGCUCUGACGGAUCCGGCGAAGGCGGAGUCGGCGUUGCUUACGGCGGGGGACCCGGGUAUUAUGACCAGUACGGGAACAGCAACCCGUACUCAGACGGUCGGCAGGGUCCGACCGAGCUCGGCGCACAACCCAUCAUCCGCGAUGUCACCGCACGGCGCAACACGCAGAUCGAGAACUCGGCCCACUAUCCCCAGCAGACUGCUGGCAUCUCGCAAAAUUUCUAGCCCUCUGCGACCCCUAAAAAAAAGGAAUCGAUUAUGAUGUCUCAGUCGGCUCGACUUUUCUUGAAUACGAUAUAUACCCGUCUCCGUUCAAACAUACGCCUUCCGCGACACAUCCCUGCGCGUCGUUGCGCGUCGACCUCCAGUCCUUUUAUCCCCGGCGUUUUACGGCUGG